CGGAGCCCCAGAGGGCGCCUGGGUAGAGCCGCACACUGGGGUGCCGGGAGUGAUCCUGGCGAAAGGCGCAUGCAGGCCCUCAGCGCGGCUCUUUUCCUGAACGCGGGGCAGCUUGGGCCUGCAGCCGCCUGUUACGACCAGGAAGGCGGCUCGGAGUGCAGCUGGCACGGGAGGCCGCAGCCACCCGAGCUCUGCACCAAUUCCCCUUCCCGGUGGCCCUGGGCACGCAGCAGCUCCGAGUUCCGCCCGCCAAGGAGGCUACAAUGGCCUGGGCCCGCCUCCGCCAGGCCCGAGGUGGCGCACUGCGGCGGCAGCCAUGGGGAUUGCAGUCCAUUGCCUGUGCGCCACCUAAGCAGCGCCCACGAGUUCGUGCCGGGUGCCCAGGGCACUGCGAAUCCCUACCCCGUCUGCUCCCUGCUCCCCACGACCCUGGAUGAGCACCUGCCUGAUGUCCCGCCCCCGCCUGAUGAUUCCCUUGUCCUCUGGCGAGGAUUCUCCAAGGGACCUCACUCCAUGGGCCGACUCAGAAACGCCAAAAUCCACGUAGAGAGAGCCGUCAAGCAGAAGAAGAUCUUCAUGAUUCAUGGCCGCUACCCAGUGAUCCGGUGUCUAUUGCGCCAGAGGGGAUGGGUAGAAAAAAAGAUGGUCCCUCCCCCAGGCACCACCCUGCCACCACCCCCGAAGGAUCUAGACAGUUUGGUGAUGGGUGAUAGUGAUGCCACAGAGGAUGAGGACGAAGAGGAGAAUGAGGAGUUUCGGGAGUCACAGCUGUUGGACUUUGAUGGGUUUCUGGAACUUGAUGACCUGGAUGGGGUACACGCUUUGAUGUCCCGCAUGGUUCGGAAUGAGACCCCCUACCUCAUCUGGACCACUCGGCGAGAUGUGCUGGAUUGUCGCUUCCUCUCCAAGGAUCAGAUGAUAAACCACUAUGCCCAUGCAGGCUCCUUUACUACAAAGGUGGGCCUGUGUCUCAACCUCCGGAAUCUGCCUUGGUUUGACGAGGCUGAUGCUGACUCCUUCUUCCCACGAUGCUAUCGCCUGGGAGCAGAGGAUGACAAGAAAGCCUUCAUAGAGGACUUCUGGCUGACAGCUGCCCGCAACGUUCUCAAGCUGGUGGUGAAGUCGGAAGCGAAGCCAUACUCCACCUCCAUCCAGGCAAGAGAGGAAGAGGUCUUAGAAAACCCACUGCCCAAGAAACAGGAAAAAAAGGCAGUGAUGGUGUCCCCAGAGUUUGUGGAUGAGGCUCUGAGUGCCUGUGAGGAGCACCUUAGCAGCAUGGCCCACAAGGACAUCGACAAGGACCCGGAUGCCCCACUGUACUUGAGCCCUGAUGGUUGGUCCUUCUUCCUGCACCGCUACUACCAAGUAGUCCAUGAAGGGGCAGAACUCAGACACGUAGAGGCCCAGAUCCAUCGCUGUGAAGACAUCCUACAGCAGCUUCAGGCCGUGGUACCCCAGAUUGACAUGGAGGGGGAUCGAAACAUCUGGAUUGUGAAGCCAGGAGCCAAGUCCCGUGGCCGAGGUAUUAUGUGCAUGGACCACCUGGAGGAGAUGCUGAAGCUGGUGGACUGCAACCCCAUGCUCAUGAAGGACGGCAAGUGGAUUGUGCAGAAGUACAUCGAGCGGCCCCUGCUCAUCUUCGGCACCAAGUUUGACCUGAGACAGUGGUUCCUGGUGACGGACUGGAACCCACUCACGGUGUGGUUCUACCGAGACAGCUACAUCCGCUUCUCCACACAGCCCUUCUCCCUGAAGAACCUGGACAACUCCGUGCACCUGUGUAACAAUUCCAUCCAGAAACACUUGGAGGCCUCCUGUCACCGGCACCCAAUGCUGCCCCCGGACAACAUGUGGUCCAGCCAAAGGUUUCAGGCCCACUUGCAGGAGUUGGGCGCCCCAAAUGCCUGGGCUAGUGUUAUUGUACCUGGCAUGAAGGCUGCUGUGAUCCAUGCCCUGCAGACCUCCCAAGACACUGUGCAGUGCCGGAAGGCCAGCUUUGAGCUCUAUGGGGCCGACUUUGUGUUUGGGGAAGACUUCCGGCCCUGGUUGAUUGAGAUCAAUGCCAGCCCCACCAUGGCACCAUCCACAGCUGUCACCGCCCGCCUCUGUGCAGGUGUGCAAGCAGAUACCCUGCGUGUGGUCAUCGACCGGCGACUGGAUCGCACCUGUGACACAGGAGCCUUUGAGCUCAUCUAUAAACAGCCUGCUGUGGAGGUGCCCCAGUACGUGGGUAUCCGGCUCCUGGUGGAGGGCUCUACCAUCAAGAAGCCCAUGGCAGUGGGUCAUCGGCGGACAGGGGUCCGCUCAUCACUCCCUCAUCUGCCGACCCAGCAAGGCUCUGGGGAAGCCCCUCCCCACUUCCCUAGUCUCCAUUCCAAGGCCUGGCUGCCUUCUCCCUGCGUGCUCCGACCCCAGGGCCAGGUCCUCAGACUGCAGCAUGGCCAGCUGGUGGGCUCUAAGGCUCUGUCAACCACAGGCAAGGCCUUGAUGACUCUACCUACUGCCAAGGUUCUGGUGUCCUUCCCACCUCACCCUGAUCUCAAGCUGGCACCCAGCAUGCUGAAGCCAGGACAGGUGGGCCUCGAGCUGGGCCUCACACCCUGGCGGGCCCCCACUUUGGAAGUGCCUUGUGGCCAAUGCCCUUUGGAGUUGGACCUCUUCCUAGCACCCACAGGAAAGUCAAGGCCAAAGGCAAGUUCAAGGCCAGACUGCGACAAACCCAGGGCUGAGGCCUACCCCGAGAAGAGGCUGAGCCUCCCCAAACCCUUGACCCUUAUUUUGACAUGCCGGAGACGGAGGAUCAUGGGGGCUAGGAGGCUAGAGAACCCCCUGCUCUGAUCUCCACUGCCCCAUCCUGGAUCCAGCAUCAAAUUAAAAAAGCAAGUAAAGUUC